AUGAGGAUAAAAUUAUUGAAUUUGGCGCUUUUUCUUUUAGCUCUGCAAGCUUCAGCGCAAAGUGAAGGUCUUCUUGGAGAUACAGAUGGCGAAUGGAAUUUUCUUGGUUUCACAGGAUAUGCUGGAGAAGUUGUAAUAAAUCCUUUAACUGGCUCGUCUUAUUUCUACUGGCUUUUUCAAGCUAUCCAAGGUAAUAUUUUAACUGAUAAGUAUCCUUUAGUUAUUUGACUCGCAGGCGGCCCUGGCUGUGCAAGUGGUCCAGCAGUUAUAUUUGAUUAUAUUACUCCUUUUAUCAUAGAUGAUAAUGGAGAACCGAUUUUGAAUCCAAAUAACUGGGUAAAUCAAGUCCACUUUAUGGCAAUUGAUCAUCCUAUAGGAACUGGAUUUUCAUUCUCAAACUCUCCAAAUGAUUAUAAAAAUAACACAUCUGGAGACACAAACCAAUUAUACACACUUUUGGUUAGAUUAGCUCAAAAGUAUCCAACCUGGUUCAAUAGGGAUCUUUAUAUUUUUGGCGUAAGCUAUGGAGGAAAGUGGGCUCCUGCAAUCGCUUAUAAGAUUUUAAGUGAAAAUCAAGGCGCAAGCCCUCCUUAUCGAUUUAACCUGAAAGGAAUAGGAGUUGGAGAUCCUUGGACCAACCCUGCAGUCCAAACUUCAUUUUAUGGUUAUGUUGCAUAUUCAAGUGGAUUGAUAAAUCAAGAAGAACUUAGCAUAAUUCAAGCUUAUGAGGAAGAAAUUCAAAAUCAGAUAAGUUCAGGAGAUCUUUAUGAAGCUCAAAAUAAUGUUGGUAUGGUUAUGGAGCUCAUCUAUGAAUAUACAGGAGGCAUUAACACUUAUGAUAUAAGAAAGUUUACAGACUAUAACUCUACAGCUAUAGAAUACUGGCUCAAUUUAAAUUCCACAAAAGCUCUCCUGCAUGCACCAUUGAAUAUGGAGCACCUUGGCUGCAAUCCAAACGUCUAUGACAUGACCACUGAUUUUAUGGAAUCUUCAGCUAUGCUAUUUCCUUAUAUCCUUGACAAUAUUAAUGUCUUGAUGUGGAUAGGACAAGAUGACUUACUCCUUAAUACUCCUUGUGUAGAAAAUCUUGUAGCUAAUAUUAACUGGCCAGGUAUCCAAGGUCUGCUUAAUACCAAUAAAAUGAUUUGGAAAGUAAACGGAACAGUAGCUGGGUAUGUCAAAAAUUAUUCAACAUUUACGUUCGUGCAUCUCUUAAAAUCAGGACAUAUUGGAUGCCAUGAUCAGCCUGCAAAUUCAAGGGAUAUGUUUUUUAGGUUUAUUUAUAAUGAAGGCUGGCAGCAAUAA